AUGAAUUAAGCUAUAAAAGAUUAAGCUAAUCAAUUAUAAUCUAAUUACGAGUAGUCUCGAAUUGGAGUGGCUUUUGGAGAUGAAUUUGAAUAAGGUCCAGUUUCCUUUAGAGCUGAAGCCCACUUCAAUGAGCAAAAGGCAAUAGACCAAUAUGAUACACUCAAGAACAUAGUUGGAGAUCAUAUUGAUAUUGAUUGGGCUCUAGUUUGUUUCCUCCGAUAUCAACCUGGUAAAAAGGAUGCAUUGAUAUAAUCAAUCACAAAAAUUAAAGAUAGACCUCGUUUUGAGGCCUUUGAAUGUAAGAUCCAUUCGGAUGAAACCUAUGUUUAUUUCUCUAUUAAACUCAGAGAAGAUGAAGAAAGUAAAAUAAAGGGAAGCCUUGAAAUAAUAUUAGAAAAUGGAUUAAGAGAAAUUGUUAAGAACUAAGACAAUUACCUUAACUUUGAAUUUGAUGCAAACUAUGAUUUUGAAUAAUUAGUUGAAGCUGUAAAUAAAGGAGAAAGGGUUGGAGCUGCCUUUUUGAAAUAAAUUAGAGCUGAAGUGAACUUAUUUUUGACAAAAAACUUCUAUCAAGGAAUUGAAAAAUUAGUUGAGGGGAUUGAUAAAGAUGCAUUAGAAUCUCCUCCUUUGGCGUUCUUAAAACAUUUUAAGAAUUUAGACAUGGAUUUGAGAUUCAGAUCAACCGAGGAAUUACCUCAAGUUAUUAAGAAUUAGAUGAUCUUUGGAGAAGAAUUUUAGACAUUAGCAUAGGAAGAAUUACAAUUGCCAAUUAAUCGUACAAAAUAAGUCAAUGCUAUUAUGGAUGCAGCUGCAGAUAAUGGAUUCAUUUAUUUGACAAUCUCAGAUUUAUUAGCCAUCAAAAUUGAUUCUCAUACUCCUAAAUUGUCAACAUUUUUAACAAAAUAUGGAAAAUACUUGGCUAAAUUAGUAGGAUUAGGAGAAUUUGUUCCAGAAGCAUGA